AUGGCUCAGAGAAAACGUUUCACUCGUAUUGAGAUGGCGCGCGUGUUGAUGGAACGUAAUCAGUACAAGGAGAAGCUGUUCGAACUACAGGAAGCGGUACGGUGGACGGAGAUGAUCCGUGCCUCCCGAAACGACCCAUUCGCGAAGCGCAAGCGCUCGCCAAUUUUGGAAUUCUUCAGCGGACUUUUCCACUCCGCAACGCCAAACAACGCUCAUUCUAUUCAGAUGCAUGUGAGGAAAAACCACCAUUCCAGGGAAAACGCUCCAGGAUCUGAUCCAGUCGUUCGCAAGCACGAGAACAGAGCCAAGCCAUUGGAUUUCUUGGACUCUGAAUAUGCUUCCAAUGAAAAGCGAUCGGCUGAACGAAAGGAACAGUAUAAGCACGUGAAGGCACAUGUCCAGAAAGACGAAGCUGGCAGGUAUCAGGCGUAUGGCUGGAGCGUAUCUUCUCUUUAUGCUAAGAAUUCAGCUGUACCCGUCCCAUUGUUUUGCCAGCCACUCCUAGAGGACGAGAAUAACUUAAAAGCAAGAACUUUUGUUGUGUGCUUUCUUCAUAGAUCUGACGUGUUCCUUUUCAGACUUGGUGCGCCACACAGAUUCGCUCUCAUUCUUCUGUAUCGUAGUCAUACCCUGUAUAAGUUACGUACGUACCGUUGUACCCUUAACCAAGGGCAGGAGGAAAACAUGCAAUGUGUCAACCUUAGCCUGGUGUGGAUCUGCAGCUCGAUGUAUGGCAAGAGCCUGGUAUCUAUUAUUAAAGCCAGUCGUCCUGAUGCGGUAAUCGACUCAUUUACGGUGUGCAAUUCUCAUCUGCUGUGUGCUGCGAGUAUUCCAGGAAUGUCAGAUCCUUCCUGUCUAAAUGACGAUAACGUUGAAAGUAUCAAGGUCAGUGAACCUGGAAGCGAGCCCAAUGAAAAAGAAGAAUUCGCGGCUUUAGGAAGAAUCACGUGGCUGCAACUUGGUUCGCUAGAGUUUUCAGAAACCGAAUCUUCUUCCGAUUCUUCCGCUCAGGCAAUGGAUUCAACGUCAAUGUUAGGUCUUUCACCACAGGGAAACGCUGGCGUCUCCAUGUCCACUCAGCAACCGGAUACUGAAGGGUCUGGUGAGGUAACGGUGGACAAAGGUGAUGGCGCGGCCGCGGAGCGACGCAUGUCGAUCGUGAAACGGUUGCCUACAAUUUGGAUGGGUUCACAAAGUGGACAGUACAAUUGCAACCGGGUAUUCGUUGCGUUGGCCGAUGCUACUGCGGCCGUUUUCUCUCGCAGCGAAACUGGGGAUUGGCGGUUUGACGGCGCCCACGUUGUGGUGUUCGGUUGGCCACAGUAUUCGGUUCGCUGUCUGUGCGCCGUUGGAGAUAACAUGUGGUGUGCGUACCGCAAUAAGAUCCACGUCCUUGACUGUACAACCUUAUCGAUAAUAAAAACGUUCGACGCAUAUUCGCGCAAAGAGAGUCAAGUACGUCAGUUGAUCUGUGUUGGUCGGGGUGUGUGGUGUUCGAUCAGACUCGACUCAACGCUGCGACUAUUCCAUUCUGACUCUUACAUGCCGCUGCAAGACAUUGACAUCGAGCCGUACGUCAGCAAAGUUUUAGGAACCAACAAAUUCGGUUUCUCUUUCGUCAGAGUGACAGCUCUGAUGGAAUCAUGCAAGCGACUUUGGAUCGGCACCGGAAAUGGAGUCAUCAUUUCGAUUCCGCUUGAAAACGAUGACUCGUUGUGCACUAACUCAAAAUCACUGGUCGAUUUGGACAGCCAAUGCAAAGUUCCAGGUAUCGUGAGACGCGUUAAUUCCGAGCACCUCGUGGAAGGCGGUGGAGAGGGCGAAAACGUCCACGACCUUCCUUACUGUAGUCUGUUGAAAGCACAGUUUUCAUUCCAUGGUCAUAAGGACGCCGUGAAAUUUUUCGUAGCAACCACAGACUAUGUUUGUCUUAGCUCGCCCAGUGCCCAGUCGAUGGAUGGGUCACAGAUCAAUGCCGAAGGAGACAAACACAAAUCGGUGAUCGUGAUAUCCGGCGGUGACGGUUAUAUUGAUUUCAGGAUGGGCGACGAUGACGAAUGCUACAGUAAAACGGCCGCGGCUUCGAAACGGGAACUUCCUUACCUAAUUGUAUGGGAAGUAAAAUCGCUUCAGUAA